CCCGAUUGGAUCUGUCUCGGAAAGAGAGAGAGAGAGAGAGAGACAAAGAAAACGAACUGUUUGAAAGUAACUUAUUGGCAGAGGUGUUGCUUUUGGUCUCCACCUCGCGUCCCUCCCCGCUCCUGAGUGCGUCACCUGCUCGGGUACAGGUUGUCCCGCUGUCUCCCUCAUCGCUCGCCUCUCACAUUGCUCUAACACCGCCGCGCUCCCUUUGACCUCUCUCCCUCCCUCUCUCUCUCUCUCUCUCUCAAAAUUAUUCCAACCAGGAAGAGAGGCGAAGAUUGGAACAAAAAGGAAAGAGCGUGCGAUGUUGAACAUGGGAGAUCAGAAGCAGCCGAAAAUGGUCCCAAAGUGCACCUCCUUCAGCAUCAAGAGCUUGCUGCUCCCUGAAGCGGCUCAGCAGCAGCAACAACAGCAGAGAGACGGAAACCAGGGCAGCAGAGCCGGGGACCCCGACCUCAAAGCUGACUUUAAAUACCAGGAUAGCCCGGAGACACAGCUCGGCCCCGCUGAGGAGGAGGAGGAAGACGAGCACAAAAAAGGCGAGAAGAAACACGGCAAAUAUGACAAGCCGCCGUUCAGCUACAACGCCCUGAUCAUGAUGGCAAUCCGGCAGAGCCCGGACAAGAGGCUCACCUUGAACGGCAUCUAUGAAUUUAUCAUGAAGAAUUUUCCUUACUACAGGGACAACAAGCAGGGCUGGCAGAACUCUAUCCGCCACAACCUCAGUCUCAAUAAGUGCUUCGUUAAGGUGCCCCGGCACUAUGAUGACCCGGGCAAAGGCAACUACUGGAUGUUGGACCCUUCCAGCGACGAUGUGUUUAUCGGCGGCACCACGGGCAAACUGCGGCGGAGAUCGGCCACCUCACGAGGCAAGCUGGCUUUCAAAAGAGGGCUUCGCCUCUCUCCGUCCGGCCUGGGCUUGAUGGACCGGGGUAACCCCUUGUAUUGGCCUCUGUCCCCCUUCCUGUCCCUGCACCAUCCCCACAACAGCCUCAACUACAGCAGCGCUGCCUCGAGUUUCCUGAACCAAGCUCCCACUUACAGCUCCUUGCUUUCCGGCUGCGGGGCUGGCGUCGAUCAGAUGGCUAGCGGGGACCUCUCUCACCCGUUGUUAAGGGGAUCCGUACAGUGCGGUUUGACCAACGGAUACACGGUGAACCCUUGCUCUGUGAGCUUGCUGUCCGGCCAGACUGGCUACUUCUUCCCGUCUCUCCAUCACUCGCAGUCAGUGCAACACCAGAACGGAACGGGUAUGGGUAACCCUGGCGCACCUUCCAGCUCUCCUCCAGCAGCUUCACCCCUCAUCACCGAAACCCUCAGACCGUCUCUGUCCACCUUCCCGUCCGGACUCGCCGCUGGAUUUACCAGCUACCUGUCACAGCAGAACGGAGGGGCUGCUAGCAACUCGUUUUUGCACUGAUCUAGGCCCAAGACGUGACAAUAGGUAGCAAACAAUGCUAUGCAAAACUACAGCUGCACCUUACUUCAGGAAAUCUGUGCUGAUAUAUCCUCUAGAUUGCUAUACCUGGUUUUAGACGAAAAAUGACUCUUAUAUGCUGUGAGAGAAAACAAUCAUUUAAUAAUUCCCGAGGCUGUAGUUUCAUCCUGUAGUAAUCAUAAUGUUGAAGGUACCUUGCACACGUGCUGCUGCAACAACGAAAAAAAAUGCUCCUGCCUUUUUUUAUGUUUUAGUUGCAAAGGGAGAAAAAAUGCAACCGGUUUGCUUUGCAAUAUGAACGUGGCACAAAGGGAAAACGUUACCUUUAGUCUGAACUGCGGACUUCUCUUUAAGCAAAGGUAACACUUGCAUAAUCUAAGAUAUUAUCGAAACAUUUGGAGUAAGUUUGUUUUUUUCUGCUUUUGUGUGUUCAACACUAUUUAUUAUUUAUAAAGAUGUACAUAUAUGUAUUUAUAAUUUAAUAAGUUGCACAAUAAUGUCUCCUUAACAUUGUGGGUUAUUUAAUUCUCUUGUGCUAAUUAACUUGGAAGUAGUAACAAAUGUGGUGACAUUUUAUUUUUCGCUUUCUGAAAUGGUUGCAUCAUUCCUUUAAUUCAUCUCUAUAAAAGCGCCUUAAUAAACACAGACAAACAGGGGUUUCUAUGAGGUUGGACGGCUGUGAAAUAUUUAUUUCCUCUUCGAAUGAUGGUAGUCUUAAAAUGCCGGCUCCUUGUUUGCACUGCUCAGGACUUUUUCCCCGAUACAUUUCAACAGAGACGGAUAAAUAUGACCACAAAUUUCACAUGUGCUUCAUUUUUGGCGUGUGUGUGUUGCAAUGUCUUCAAUACAUUUAAACAGUGUGUUCGAACUUGAAUACAAAAUCGCGAAAACUUUUUUUUUGCACAACUCAGCCUAUUAAGGAUUUCCUCAAAUAAAAAAUCCGGUGUGAUAUUUUGAAAGGGCAGAAGCCUGUUUCCGAUACUUGAGUUAUUUAAGUGGGUUGUUUUGAUGGCAAGGCAUUUGAUUAGAGGCGAGAAUCUUUACAAAAAGCGAUGAUCUUGCCGGAAGCGUGAAAUUGUAGGGAAUUAUAAUGUGUGCCAAGACUAAGGGAAUGACAGAAUUCCUCAGUCUGAGCGUCUGUAAAAUUGUACAUAGUCGCUCAGAGAAACACGUGUCGCCUCGCCUACGUUAGACGGAACAUGCAUUUUCGUUGUAAUGUGGCCCAAGCUUCAUAUCGAAUACGAUUUGUCCUGCAGUUUUCUCUUCAAAUUUUGCGUGUACAGUUUUUGUCAUAACUGAAAUCCGAGCUCCUCCGUUACAAAUGUUCCCAUUUCGGGAAGGAAGUUGUUUUGAGAUUAAUUUGAAGCUGAUCGAGUGAAGCAGACACAGAUCGAAAGUGGGAAAUACAUUAGAUUGAGCGGAAAGCCAUCGAUUAAUCUCAGACAAUGACUUCCACGCAGUCCCAUCGUUCAGCUACAUGUUUACGUGUUGUUGCUGAAGGUUUUAUUUUCUGAUCGGUUUGCCAGUCAGGGUGGGCACGAAUCUCUCUCUGCGCCUCAUUUUGCUCAGAGCUGGGAGUCCCUCCUCCCUCCCUGCUCCGGGCGCAGAGGAUGUUAAACAUAGGGAUUGAUGCAAAACGUUGCUGACAGGACAAGUCUGAGGGCGAGCAGAGAGAAACCAGUAAAAGUCUAUCUUGGUAGCUCCCGGUUAUCCUCAUAAUACGUCCUGGCAGACCAUUGCUGAGGCGAAGAAACAGUAAUUACCGUGUUGGUUCACAAUCCCAAACUCUGUGCGUAGCUGACACAGAAUCUGCGCUUUUCGUCCUGCAGCAACAGAAAGUGCACACUUUCUGUUUGAACCCAGUUGAAAGGGUGCGAUUCAAUUCUGCGCUGGCCCCAAAUUUCAAAUAUAACCGGAGCAGUAUGCUGCCUGCUUUGAUAUGCUUGAGUGGGUUCCAAACUCCUCGGUUAUUUUGUUCGUUUUUUAUUAAUGCUGGCUUCAAGGCUUCCCCUGGUUUGUUCGAACGGAAACAAUAAUAUUUUCCCGGCUGGCCCAAUGUAGCAUGAUCAUUGUGUUCAAUGCAAUGCAACAUGUCAGACUCCCGGGCGCUCCCGCAGCGAUUUUAAGGGACGCCGUUCCUUUGUUUGAAACGUACAAUUUGUUUCGCAAACUUAUUUUUCCACAGCUUCCUUAAAUAUUUAUUUUGCUUAAGGAUUAGCAUUCAGGUCAAUUAUUUUAACUGUUAAUUAACAACCAAGGACAUAAUAUUCAUGCAAUAUAAUAACAUAGGGAAUACUGUUCAGAACGAGGCCUUAUUUCGAUUUGCAGUUACUUUGCAGCUCGAAGUUGUUAUUCAAAUAUGCCUGGACAAGUGAAUAAAACCAAAUUAGGUUUAAAUAGCCAGUGUAAACAUGUUCGCUGCUUCUAUGUCUGCUUUGUAAUGAAGCCUUGCUCCAGGCCUCCCGAUGCUGCAGACUACCUCACUAUGCUGUUAAAUAAAGCGGAGCACACGCAGCAACAUUAGAAGGAGUACUGUCUUAAAUUUUUAAAUCACGAAAAACAAUCGUAUUACAUUCAUUGCAACCGAAUUAUUCCCUCAGCUUCUCGGCCUUCCUCAGCUACUGCCGGAGGGAGUCGGCAAUGAUUAACUCCUUCUCGAUCAUAUUCAUUCUGUCUUAGACCCGCGCUGUGCAUCCGAUUCAUGACAUUUGUACGUUUAGUGAAUGGAAUUCAAUAAAAAG